GCGCAGGGGCUGCCGGGAUAGGGUCCCGGAGUGGCCGCCAUAUUGGAAGCAGGUCCGGUCCUGUCAGUGAGAGGCGCCGAGCCGAGGUGUGCACUUCUGAUCGAGCUGAUCUACGACGAUCCGAGUGAAAGAAAGAGGGGAAACAUGAGUCCGGCCGACGCGAAGCGAGCCAAAAGGAGGAAAAAUAAGCGGGGCGGUGGCAAGACAGUGAGCCGUCAACAAAAACCCCUGACGCCUUCCUCCAGCCAUGGGAACAGCGGCGGCACCAACGGCACCUUGCACGGGGAGGUUUCCAUAAAUGGCACACAACUGGGAGAUGGAUCUGUGGGAUCAGAUUACACAGGAGUCCCUCAGACGCCCUUUACGUUUGGUCUGGGUCAGAGGGCACCAUACUCGACAGGAGAACGAUGCCUUCUGUGUCGAAGUGAACGCAAAGACUCUUCACUCUCAGAGAGUGGGAUUACUAACCCAAACAAAAUGGCACUUUCUACAUCUCCAAAAGCAAACAGUAUGUUGCAUCUUCCACUUUGGGUGUGUCCGGACUGCAGACGUACCGUUGAGAAGGAUGAUCGGCAGGCUUCUCUCGAGCAGUCUCUCGUGAACCAAGACUUCCUGUUGCAUAUGCCAUUGAGUAACAGUGGAGCACCGCAGGACUCGAUAGCGGGAAGGCUAGCCGUUGGAGCGCAAUCUGUACCUGUUUCAGAUGUCAACACUCCUGCACCUUCAGAAAUAGCUUGCAAUUGUGAGGCAUGCAAUGAGCGCAGAGAAAUAUCAGCAGAGAAUGAGCGUGAAUCUCAGCAACUUCAGCAUUAUUGGUCAGAGGUACGUUAUAUGGUUCGAUGUAUUUAUCGUCAAGCUGGAACACCUUUGGCUGAUGAUCAGGACCAAUCACUGGUGCCGGAUAAGGAGGGGAUGAAAGAAUUAGUCGAUAGGCUGUGUGAACGAGACCCCUACCAGCUCUAUCAACGAUUGGAACAGCAAGCUAGGGAAUAUGUUCUCGAAAUGAAGGUACGCUUGCUCAGGCAUCUGUCACUGGGAUCCAAAGUCACAUCUGUGGUGCAGGGACCGCCACAGGCUCAUCAAUUCAUCUCGCUCCUUUUGGAGGAAUACAGUGCACUCUGUCAAGCUGCUCGCACAAUCAGCACCUUCCUCGUCACACUGGAAAGUGAACAUUUGAAAAAAUUCCAGGUGACAUGGGAACUUCACAAUAAGCACCUGUUUGAAAACUUGGUCUUCUCAGAGCCACUUCUGCAGAGCAGUCUACCAGCACUGGUAGCACAGCUCAGGCUGGGUACAGCAUCUCACGAUGCAUACAGUGAGGACAUGUACAGUACUUUACUACAGCGGUACCUCCAGAUGGACCAGGAAAUGAACAGAGUGUCUGCAGAGUGGAUGGAAUGUCAGAAGCGAAUAGAUGAUUAUGUGGAUGAACAGAUGGCAAUGAAAACCAAACAGCGAAUGCUGAAGGAGGACUGGGAAUUCUUCAAACAGCGGCGAUUAUUGGAAGAACAGCUAACGAACAGCAAGAAAGCACUAACCGGAGAGAAUAAUUUCACUGAUACAAUGAGGCAUAUGCUGUCAUCACGCCUGAGUAUGCCUGAUUGUCCCAAUUGUAAUUACAGGCGAAGAUGUACCUGCGAUGACUGCAGCCUCUCUCAUAUACUCACUUGUGGUAUCAUGGACUCUCCCAUUCCUGAUGAUCUUUCUAUCAACACGUUACCAUUGCAAGUGGAAUCUGCUCCCGAUUACCUCUCAGAAAUACGUCCGCCUAGUAUGUCAUCUGCCAGCUCAGGAUCUGGCUCCAGCUCGCCCAUCACCAUUCAGCAGCACCCGCGACUCAUUCUCACUGACAGCAACUCCGCCCCCACCUUUGGAAGUGACGAUGAAGAUGUUGCACCAUUAUCAGCCAAUUUUGCUGACAUAUACCCACUGAACAGUUAUGACGAUGCUGAAGUUGUAGCCAACAUGAAUGGUAUCCAUGGUGAACUGAAUGGUGGAGGUGAAAACAUGGCACUAAAAGAUGAGUCUCCCCAGGUGAGCAGCACAAGUAGUAGUUCUUCAGAGGUUGAUGAUGGUGAUGAUGGGGAGAGCAGCGGUGAACCUCCUGUGUCACAUAAAGAGGAAACAACUGUAAAAAGAGCAGCAAGGAAAGAAGAAUCGAGGAGGGACAGUCCACCACCAUCGUAUCCCAGUCAGCAGGCUGACCAGGUUCAGAACAUUUGUGAAUGUCAUGUCUGCAAGCAAGAGGCUUCUGGUCUGAAUACAUCUGUACUCGCAGCUGGACGUCUUCCCAGUGGCCACCAGUUCUUACCCACAGAGAAGCCUUCCCAUCCUGCUCUUCAUCUUUAUCCCCAUAUCCACGGGCAUUUACCACUGCACACCAUCCCCCAUCUGCCUCGACCUCUCCUUCAUCCAACUCUGUAUGCAACAACCCCACCAUUCACACACAAGACUCUUCCUUCAGCUCCAGCUCCUAAUCACUCUAACAAGCAUCAGGUAUUCAACGCCUCCCUCCAGGAUCACAUCUAUCCAAGUUGUUUUGGCAGUACUUCUGACUGGAACAAUCCACUCCUUACAUCCCACAAGUUAGCCAGUCUUUGGGGAUCAGAACUAAUAAAUGGAGACAAACCAUGGAGUCCUGCUGCGUUCCUACCAGAAUCCUUGUCUGGUGAUGUGUUAGGGUCAGCACUCACUGAGAUUAGUCCAGAAGCUCUUCUUCCCACAAGCAGCACUGACACCGUUGUUGCAGAUACCAAGGAGAAAAAACCCGCUGCAAGGAAAAAAUGUCUAUACAAUCCUGGCUCCAUGGAAGCAAACAAAUUUAUCAUGGCCACUUCCUCAGCCACUUCCUCUGUCUCGUCUACAGCCACUACUGUGCAAUCCAGCUCCAAUCAGUUCAAGGUUUCAUCCAAAAGGCCUACAUCUCUGGGUGAAGUGUUCCAUAAUUUAGGUAAAGAGGACCACAGACAUCCCACACCGGUCGCACCUAGGAACAGCCCCACAGGUUUAACCUCUCUUCCAUCUCUCACGCCCACGCCAGUGUCCCCUGCCUCUGCACCUCACAUGCCUAAUCUUGUGACUGCACCCUUCCCAAAGACAGCUUCAACAGCCCCAGGUUUUGUAGAUCCCCAUUCUGGGCUGUGUCCAACCACAACAGCACCCCCUGCAGCUACUACAGAAAGCUCAGUCAGUGCCUCCGCCAGUGUCUGCAGUGACCCAGACUGUGAGGGACACCCGUGCGAGAGCAAUAACGUGUACGAUCAUCAGCCGUUUGAUGGAGAGGAAAGUCAGGAUGAAGAUAGCUGCUCAGAACACAGCUCUAGUACCUCAACAUCAACUAAUCAGAAAGAAGGAAAGUACUGUGACUGCUGCUACUGUGAAUUCUUUGGGCAUGGCGGGCCGCCAGCUGCACCAACAAGUAGAAAUUAUGCAGAAAUGCGGGAGAAACUGCGCUUGCGACUUACGAAGCGUAAAGAGGAGCAGCCAAAGAAAGCAGACCAGAUCCUUGAAAAGGAGCAAAUCGUAGAUCAUAGAAAAGUAGAAGAUCUAUUACAGUUUAUAAAUAGCACAGAAUCCAAACCAGUCAGCAGCUCAAGGGCAGCAAAACGAGCACGGCACAAGCAGCGAAAGCAGGAAGAGAAAGCUCGCCUUGAGGCCGAAGCCCGGGAAAGAGAGCAACUACAACUGCUGGAAGAGCAGAGGCAGAAAGAGGAGGAAGAGAGGCUAAAAAAGGAGCUGCAGCGGCUUCAGGAGCUGCAGCAAAUCAGAUCUGCUAAGAAAAAGAAAAAGGAGCGAACAAAAGAAUCACAAAAAAGUGAUGCAUUUCUACAGAAUCUGCAGUUGAAGGAAUCAGCCCCAGACAUGGUGGAUGUCGUUCAUAACAGCAAAUGCCAGCAGCUGGAAACUCUAGCAAAAUCUACUCAUCCCCCACCCACACAGGUGAACAACAAAGAAGAGCAAAGAGUCGUGCCAGAACCUCAUCCAACACAUCAACUGCCAGCAAAUGGGAGAGACCCCAGACACUCUCAGUCUCAAGCUCAAAGGGAGGCAAGGGCUAAGCAGCCUGAUAACAACCAUAGUGCAGACACCACAACAGUGUAUGAGGAGUUAAAUGGUAGGCAGAAGUUAAAACCGCAAGCAACCAAACUUAGUACUGAACGAAAGCCAACGGAGGGCUUCAGAUCCUGUGAAGUCCCCCUGAAGACCUCCACAAAGUGUCAGGCAGAAUUGGGAGCAUCCAAACCAAAGCUGCUUGAGUGCCAAAUGGUGACAGAGCAGAGAAAAGAAGAGAGAAGAGGAGUAAACGGCAAGAGACUGAACCAUGUGAGAGAAGACAAGGUACCUAUAGUGAUUGAAACUCCAAAUGAGCAACAGCAACAGCAAAUCCACAAAAACACUGCUGAAUCGCCUCAGCUCAAAGGAAAGAACAAGAAAAACAAGAAGAAGAAAAGUGACAAGCUCAACAAUUCAAUUGAUGACGUGUUCCUACCUAAAGACAUUGAUUUGGACAGUGUGGAGAUGGACGAAACUGAACGGGAAGUUGAAUACUUCAAGAGGUUCUGCUUAGACUCGGCCCGGCAAACCAGGCAGAGACUCUCCAUCAACUGGUCCAACUUCAGCUUGAAGAAAGCCACCUUUGCUGCUCACUGAUCAGACUGAAACGUUCCUGCAGGAACCUACUGUGACUCUGCUGAAACAUUUUCAAUCGGAUAUACUCUGCUGGGCUGAGAGCUAACCAGGUUGUUGAUCUGGACCUGCCUUGCCUUUUUUCCACUGCUGUGUGGUUCUGCACUGGCAUAGGUGCAGAGCACCUUGGCCCUGAUGUUCUUGCAGUUUGGAGAGCGAGUGGCUGGCUGUUAGCCACUUCCUUACCCGAUUUUGUUUGCUUGUGUGUUUGUAGUCUGUGAGUGGGACUUGUUUGACAGUAGCCAUAACCUGCUAGGGUUGGGUUGGAGCUCCAGCAACUUUUGUCUCUGACUCUUCUGCUCCUCAUGGCCCAGUGUUCUUCCCAACCUUUAACUUGGGUGAAGGUCAGUGUAUUCCCUCCUUGCAUCAUCAGCUGCAUCUUUUUAUUCACUUCUGCGUUCAGCACUGUACAUACAAUCCGACUACUGACAAGGGAAUGGACUUCGUCAUUUUUAUUCCUCCCACCCCCUCGCCUCCAGCAUUCCCCAACAAAAGGUUUGAUGAAGGAAAAGCUCAGGCUGGACUCGAUGAAAUCCAGUUGCCUCCAGACUCCUUCUCAAAUUCACUGUUUAAAGUGUACAAGUUACGCUAUAUUGUGUUUGAUUUCUGACUUGUAGCCAGCUUGUGUAAGAAUACCUGCAGAAUGAUUUCAAAAGAACAAUACUCACACUAUGGAUCUGUUAUAGAGUGUAUAACUGUAUUAACACUGAAGCCUAACUGGCUACUUUUUUAACAUAUUGUUAAGUAAUAUUAAAAAUCAUGUCUUUCUUUUUGAAAGAUGGAAUAUAGUAGUAUGGCAGAAAGAUAUCCGUCUGUUUUGCCUUUUUCUCUCUGGCCUGAACAUCCAUUCACAGCAAAUUUCAAUCUUUUUGCUUUGUGCUUUGUGUAUGUUCUUGUAAGGAUGACUUGGUGAACUUUUCAUAUCUGAAGAAAGACUUGAGUUCAACUGUUGAGUAUCACUGAUUCUAGUUUAAACCCAUCAAUAGUUAUUGCCUUUCAGUUAACUCCAGUUCAAAGGCUGGUCUAUGGACCAUGUCUGGAACCAAUAUAUAAAGAAGGAAAUCCUCGGUGAAUUAUUUUUAUAAUAAAUAAUCCUUUCAUUUGA